AUGGAGCCCUCGGACAGCUGCUGGAUUUUCUGUGGGACAGGGGGCAGAGAGGAGAACAAGUCCCGUGGCUGCCGUGGCAUCGCCCCGCUAACGGCGCCCGCGGCUCCGAGGGACGGAGCUUCGCGGCAGAACUUCAUCUCCUUCCCCCGGCACGAGGAGGAGCAUCUCCAGCGCUCCGUGAGCUGGCACCCCUGCCUGCUCAUCCUGGGCCAGAACUGCAGUGCCAAGUGCCAGCUGCUCAACAUCCUGCUGGGGGAGAAGCUGCUGCCCACCACCAAGAUCAGCAACGAGGAGAACUGCAAGAGGCGGCGGAUCCGCUUCACGCACGGCAGCCAGACCCGGGUGAGCCUGGCCCUGCCCCAGCAGUACGAGCUGGUGCACGUGCUGGCAGCACACAGGGGGCACUGGGACACCAUCCCUGAGGAGGACCUGGAGAUCCAGGGGGACCCCGAGGACCCUGCCCACCGCAUCGCCGAGCUGGAGGUCAUGCUGCCCUACUCGCUGCUCAAGGAGGUGGACGUGGUGGUGGCUCCGUGCCGGGGCUUCCAGCCGGCCGAGGACACCCUGGGGGAGUUCGUGAACCAGGUGCUGCCCGUGGUGACCUUCGCCAUCAGCGAGGCCCAGCUCUCCCCCUCGGACCAGAGCGAGCUGAGAACCAUCAAGGAGAAGUUCUCCCUGCCCAUUUUCUUCUUCCGCGUGCCCGAGGCCGGCGGGGAGCUGAUCUCCCCCAAAAAAACAGACAGUGAGAAAUCCUCCCUGCACUGCCAACUGCUGGACCUGCAGUACCUGAGCUCCAACCACUGCAGCUGUGGGGACACCAGCACCCAGAGCAUGUUGGUGGAGCAGCUGGAGAAGCUGAGGCUGCUGAGCACCUUCUCCAGGCAGGUGCUGCAGAAGCACUUGGUGGAGGCGGCCACGAGCCUGAACGAGCUGCACUGUCGCUGCCUCAACAUCUUCAUCAACCAGGCCUUCGACAUGCAGAGGGACCUGCAGAUCACGCCCAAGAGGCUGGAGUACACCCGCAGGAAGGAGAACGAGCUCUACGAGUCCCUCAUGGGCAUCGCCAACCGCAAGCAGGAGGAGAUGAAGGACAUGAUCGUGGAGACUCUGGGCAACAUGAAGGAGGAGCUGCUGGAGGACGCGGCCAACAUGGAGUUCAAAGAUAUCAUCAUCCCUGAGAACGGGGAGCCCGUCAGCUCCAAGGACAUCAAGUGUUGCAUUAAACAGAUCCAGGAACUGAUUAUUUCUCGGUUAAACCAAGCAGUUGCCAACAAGUUAAUCAGCUCAGUGGACUAUCUGAGGGAGAGCUUCGUGGGGACUCUGGAGAGGUGCCUCAAGAGCCUGGAGGAGUCCUGGGAGGUGUCGGUACAUCCUGCGAGGAGCUUGGAGAAGCCCAAGGAUGGUUCUGUGCACAUCACAAGCAAUUAUCUCAAACAGAUCCUAAAUGCAGCUUAUCACGUCGAGGUCACUUUUCACUCUGGCUCAACAGUGACCAGGAUGCUGUGGGAACAGAUCAAACAGAUAAUCCAGCGGAUCACAUGGGUCAGCCCCCCUGCCAUCACCAGUGACUGGAAGAGGAAGGUGGCCCAGGAUGCCAUCGAGAGCCUCAGCGCUUCCAAGCUGGCCAAGAGCAUCUGCAGCCAGUUCAGGACCAGGCUCAACAGCUCCCACGAGGCUUUUGCAGCUUCCCUGCGGCAGUUGGAGGAUGGCCACUCUGGCAGGCUGGAGAGGACAGAGGACCUGUGGCUGAAGGUGCGGAAGGAUCACGCGCCCCGGCUCGCCCGGCUCUCCCUGGAGAGCAGAUCCCUGCAGGAUGUGCUACUGCAUGGCAAACCCAAGCUGGGCCGGGAGCUGGGCCGUGGGCAGUAUGGAGUGGUUUACCUGUGUGACAGCUGGGGGGGGCACUUCCCCUGCGCCCUCAAAUCCGUGGUUCCUCCAGAUGAGAAGCACUGGAAUGACCUUGCACUCGAGUUUCACUAUAUGAGGUCCCUGCAGACACAUGAGAGGCUCGUGCACCUCCAUGGAUCUGUGAUAGAUUAUGGCUAUGGAGGAGGCUCCAGCAUUGCUGUGCUGCUGAUCAUGGAGAGGCUGCACAGGGACCUCUACACGGGGCUAAAGGCUGGGCUGGAGUUGGAGACACGGCUGCAGAUUGCCCUGGAUGUGGUGGAAGGGAUCCGGUACCUGCACAGCCAGGGACUGGUGCACAGGGACAUCAAACUCAAAAAUGUCUUGCUUGACAAGAAGAAUCGAGCCAAAAUCACUGACCUGGGGUUCUGCAAACCAGAGGCCAUGAUGUCUGGCAGCAUCGUGGGCACACCCAUCCACAUGGCUCCUGAGCUCUUCACAGGGAAAUACGACAACUCCGUGGAUGUUUAUGCCUUUGGAAUUCUCUUCUGGUACAUCUGCUCGGGCCAUGUGAAGUUACCAGAGGCUUUUGAGAGAUGUGCAAGCAAAGAUCACCUGUGGAACAACGUUAGGAGAGGAGUGCGGCCAGAGCGUCUCCCGGUGUUUGAUGAGGAAUGCUGGCAGCUGAUGGAAGCCUGCUGGGAUGGGGACUCCUCCCAGCGCCCUCUCCUGGGGAUUGUGCAGCCCAUGCUGCAGGGGAUCAUGGACAGGCUCUGCAAGUCCAGCUCUGAGCACCCAAAUAAAGGCUUGGAUGACUCGACUUGAGGAGGAGGCGCAGCAGGAUUUUUGGAAUUGCGGGGGAAUCCCACUCCAGGAGGCUUCUCCAGGUGGAGCUCCGUGCCCAGCCUGGCUGGGACAGGGACCAGCAGCCAGGAGAUUGCUCAGAGAGGUGAGACCUCGGGGCUGUUCCACUGCUGAGGAGCAGCCAAGAGCAAUCCCAGCCCACCCCACCGGUGCCAGUUAUCCCACUGCAGCUUUUCCCGUGGAAUUGUGCGAACAAGGCAGAGAAAAAAACCCACGCCCUUGAACUAAAAGGGAUUUAUUUUUUUCCUUGUUUUUUUUUUCUUGCCAAUCCCACACCACCAACCCAGCCAAGCAAAGCAUUGUGUGUGUGUGUGUUUGUCUGUGUGCCCACGCCAGGCUUUACUCAGUGAAGGAAAAGCUCUUCCCAGGAACUGCGGGGGCCACACGGAUCCAUCCUGGUUCUCUCGUCGAUGGCACUAAUUCCAGAGUGGUUGGAGAGGAAGGAGAAAGCAAAAAAAAACCACAAAAAAACUCUAGGCUAGAAGUGUUUAGAAGCAUCUGUAGGAGUUUCUGCAACACUUGAGAUGUUUACAUUGACAGGAGCAAAGCUUCCAUGUUUUACUGGGGGGGAUUUGCAACCCCCUCCACACCUUUAUAAGCUAUUUAUCCUUUAUGUGCCCUUCACCUCUUACUCCUGUUAGAAGACAAAAAAACAAACAAAAAAAAGCUCUUUUUUUCUGGUCA